AUUCUUUCAUAUAUAAUACAGGUGAAAUGUCUGAGCUUGGCAGAAAUUCAAAAGAUCAGAAAAGUUGUGCAGUUGGCCAUUAUUUGCGUACCUUGGAUGAUUCCGAGGUUGAGUGUUUGCUUCGCCAAGAUUCACGUGGCCUAAUUGGAGAAUUUCAACGUGAAAAACUAGAGAAAGAGGCUGCUAAGAAUUGGGAUAAAUUUUACAAACGCAAUGAAACUAGGUUCUUCAAGGAUCGUCAUUGGACCACUAAAGAGUUUAAAGAACUAAUUGGGGAUGGGGAAACCACAAGAACCUUAUUAGAAGUUGGCUGUGGUGUAGGAAAUUUCUUGUAUCCACUACUAGAAGAAGGCUUGAACCUCUUCAUCUAUGCUUGUGACUUUUCACCCCGUGCUGUUCAGUUCGUCAAAAGUCACCGUCACUAUGACAAGUCAAAGAUUGAAGUCUUUCAGUGUGAUAUAACAAAGGAAGACUUGAGCAGUAAAUUAAGCAGUGAAGUGGACAUAAUAAGUGCAAUAUUUGUUCUUUCUGCAAUACAUCCAGAAAAGUUGAAGGAUGUUGUGUGCAAUUUGUAUCAUUGCUUGCGACCAGGAGGAAUGGUGUUGGUUCGGGAUUAUGGAUUAUACGAUAUGGCCAUGUUUAGGUUUGGCCCUGGAAGUAAAUUAGGCGAACGUUUUUAUGUUCGUCAGGAUGGCACAAGGGCCUACUAUUUUAUGGAAAAAGAGAUGCGUGUUCUAUUUGAAGAAGCUGGUUUUGCAGUGUCCAGCAUUGGUUAUGUAUCUCGCCAAACUAUCAAUAAAAAAGAAGGAAUAAAUGUGCAGAGAAUUUUUGUUCAGGCAAAGUUGAUAAAACCACUCAAGUGAAAUAGACUCGUCGUCAUGGGCUACCAGAUCACUGGAUUCAGUUGUACAAUGGCACUAAUUGUAAGGAAUAAUCUUCAAUAGAUGAGGACCAUGUAACACUAAAUUAAGACUCAGUUGGGUGUCUGGUAACUAAGGUUAGUUUGUCAUUGCAUUGUGUUUUAUUUUCAUAGAAAAUUU